AUGAUAUUGAAGUCUAGAGACAAGCCUAUCUUGGCACUGUUUGAGUGGAUUAGGGUUAGACUUAUGACUAGGUUUUACACAAAAAGGGAAGGGAUACAGAAGUAUGCUGGAAAGUUGUGUCCAAGCAUACAAGAUAGGUUGGAGAAAUUAAAGGUUGAAAGUAAGCCAUUUAGUGCUACUCCAACUGGCAGUUUCCUUUAUGAGGUAGGCAGUCAGUAUAAGAGACAUGUAGUUGAUUUGGUGAAGAAGACAUGUAGCUGUAGGUCUUGGGAUUUAAAUGGCAUUCCUUGCAAACAUGCCAUAACAGCCAUUUAUAUAAACAUUGAGACACCAGAAGACUAUACCCACCCAUGCUACUUCAAAGAAACUUACAUGGAGAUAUACAAAGAGGUACUUCCUCCCAUGCCUGGCCAGUUAGAAUGGGCUGAGACUGGAUAG